AUGACCAACUCCACAAGCAAGGAUGAAGGCGGGUGUGAGCUUCUUACAUUGCCCCCUGAGGUGCUGAUUCUCAUCGGCAGCUUCCUCGACAUCAAAUCCGUAUUAAAUCUCAGCUCAGCCAGCGUUGCCUGGCGCAACCUCCUCUACGAUGAGCACCUCCUGUGGAAGGCUCUCUACCAUCGACAUUGGCUUUCUUCUUGUAAAUGGAGGGACUGGAGAAGCGGGGAGACGUGCGAAAGUUGGAUGGAGAGCUUCAAACAGCGAACAGAGAUCGAAAACCGGUGGCUCCACUGCAAGCCCAACGUUGUCACCCUCCAUGGCCAUGAAGAAGAAGUCUAUUGCCUGCAGUUUGAUGAGGACAGGAUCGUGUCCGGUUCGUACGACAAGACCAUCCGCGUGUGGGACCUGGACAAGUUCCGGGAGGGCAAGAAGCCCACCACCAUCUCCAAGCUCGUGGGCCACCGCGAGUUUGUCGGCACCCUCCGCAUCGACUCCAAGAACGUCGUGAGCGGCUCUGCAGACAACACGAUGCGCGUGUGGGACUUGGAAACGGAGAAGUGCACAGAUGUGAUUGAGGGCCACGUUGACGAAGUCGUGUGCCUUCGCUUCAGCGAGCAGUACAUCGUCUCCGGAUCGAAGGACAACACAAUCAAGGUGUGGGAUCGACGGACCAAGCAGUGCAUCAACACCUUGGAGGGGCACACCCAGGAGGUGUGCGGUCUCCAUUUUGACGCCGCCAAUUACCGACUGUUCAGCGGCUCGUGGGACCACACCAUCAAGCUUGUGGGACCUCAGGAAGGCCAAACCCAUGGUCUGUGGACGCUGCAGUACGAGAACGAGCGCGACAUACUCAUCUCGGGUUCGCGGGACACGACGGUGAAGGUGUGGAACAUGAAGAACUUCACCUGCGAACAGACGCUGACCGGACACACAGGCCGUGUGCUGUGUUUGCAGUUCGAAGGCAACAAGCUCGUUACCGGGGCUGGCGAUUUUCUCAUCAAGGUUUGGAAUCUGAAGACGAACCAGUGCGUCAGCACUCUCGACUAUCAUACAUCCCGCGUGUGGUGCCUCCAGUUCGACUCCACGAAGAUCAUCUCGGGUUCCAACGACCGCACCAUCCGAAUUCACGACUUCUCUCUGCCCGAGGAGGACCCCGAAGAGGAGGCCAUCGUGUGUUGA